GCUCAAUUGCGGUUUAUUGUUUAAAAAUACCUCAACACAAACGGUACAACUUGCUCGUAACUGAACCUCUUUACAAGCGAGGAAAGAUCUGGAGUUGCAGGCAGAUAGCCAGCAAACAGCUGAUUUUAACUGAAUUUGAAACCCUUCAGAAGAUUUGGAAUGCCUUGUUUAGCCAAAAUUCCGUUUUGAUUAAAAAAAGAGAAGAAAUAGUAGAUUUCUUGGUUCAGGAAAGAAGAAAGUACAGGAAGGUAUUGCAGCUCUGAUUUUAGAAAGAGAGUAGCAGCAAGAUGGCAUAUGAACUAGACGAGCAAAAAAAGGUGGGGUUAGGUCUCAUUGGGUUUGGCAUCUUUUUCACAUUUCUUGCCAUAAUUUUAUUCUUCGACAGGGGUUUGCUUGCGCUGGGUAAUAUACUUCUGUUGGCAGGUGUAGCACUUUUGCUGGGCUGGCAUUCCACAUUACAACUCUUCAAAGUGAACUACAAG